UUUAUUUUGCUUUUAUGUUUCACUUUGAGGCUCUGAGUUUCUACUCUUUUUGACCGUUGUGCUCAUUUAAUCAAUCAACAACGGAAAUCUCUCUCUCUCUCUCUCUCUCUCUCUCCAGAAUAAACCAAGCUGCUCCGUUCCUAACCCCGUUCCAAUCAUACCCAGGUUGGGCAUUAAUUUCCUUAUGAAACUGGUGAGGAACACAAAACACUUCUCUCGUAAUUCCCGUUUUGACUUGAGCCUGAAACAUUCAUAGAGUCGCAACCGAGAAAAGAAAAGAGGGAUAAAGGCAGAGAUGGGCUGUUCUACAUCAAAGUUGGAUAACGAAGAGGCGGUUCAGCUUUGUAAGGAUCGGAGGAGGUUCAUCAAACAAGCUGUUGAACACAGGAUGAAUUUUGCAUCUGGACACGUUGCCUAUGUCCAGUCCUUAAAAAAAGUUUCCGCUGCUCUUCGUGAUUACGUAGAAGGAGAUGAGCCUCGCGAGUUCUUAUUAGAUUCAUACAACUUAUCUCCUUUCACACCCAUCAAAAAUUCCAGUGCGGGUUUUAUCUCAGUGACUCCAAAGUCUUCGUCAGUAACACCUCUCCGAUCUGAAACCAAACACAAAUCCACUUUGAAAAUAAACUAUCUAAGGUCUGGUGGGAAUCAAUCAGUUACCGUGGAGGAGGCACCCCAAUCACCAGAAACUAUUCGAAUUGAAACCUACUCACCUCCUCCUAUGCACCAGUAUGGAAUUGAUGGUUUGUUUGCAAUGCAAUCCUCGCCCAUGAUGAGUUCUUCAUUCUUCUCUUAUUCCCCCAGCAACAGACCGAAUUUUCCUCCCCCUUCACCUCAAACUUCCCAAUGGGACUACAGACCAAAUAUUCCUCCCCCUUCGCCUCAAAAUUCCCAAUGGGACUUGUUCUGGAACCCUUUCUCAUCGCUGGACUAUUAUGGGUAUCCCACCAGGAGUAGUCUUGAUCAGACUGUGCUGGAUGAUGACAUCACUGGUUUAAGGCAGGUUCGAGAAGAGGAAGGAAUUCCUGAAUUAGAAGAAGAAACUGAACACGAAGGAUCAGAUAAAAACUUAAAUAUGCCAAAAGGGAGAGCUAACAUUGGUGUAAACAAUGCUAGAGAAGAAGUUUUAGUUGAGGAUGACGAUAGUGAUAGCGAUGAUAGUGACAAUGGAGUAGAAAGUGGAACUGAAGAGGAGCAUGAGGUGGAAGGAUUAAGAUCCCGUGGACGACAGAAUAUUGAAGUAGCAAAAGCACAAAAUGUAGGGCAGGUUAGUAAUCAGGAAACUGCAAUUGGCGAUCGAGAAGGUAAUAAGGAACCACCAGGGUUUACUGUUUAUGUAAACCGCAGGCCAACAAGCAUGGCAGAAGUUAUCAAGGAUCUUGAAACUCAGUUCACGAUAAUUUGCAGUGCAGCAAAUGAGGUCUCAGCUAUGUUGGAGGCUAGUAGAGCUCAGUACUCGUCAACCUCAAACGAACUAACAGCCGUGAAAAUCUUGAAUCCUGCAUCUUUGUUACGCUCAGCUUCAUCUCGCUCAUUGUCAUCAAGAUUCUUAAGCAACCUUUCAAUCACCAAAGAUGAGGGGUAUGAAAGUAGCAGUGAUUUCUCCGAGGAGUCCUGUAUGUUUUCAGGUAGCCACCAAUCGACAUUGGACAGAUUAUAUGCUUGGGAGAAGAAACUCUACGAGGAAGUCAGGGCUGGAGAACGCGUUCGCAUUGCAUAUGAGAAGAAAUGUUCGCAAUUGAGGAACCUAGAUGUUAAAGGAGUGGACCCUUCUUCAGUGGAUAAAACAAGAGCAUCCAUCAGAGAUUUGCAUACCCAGAUAAAGGUUUCAAUACACUCCGUUGAAGCGGUUUCAAAAAGGAUUGAAACUUUACGAGAUGAAGAACUCCAUCCUCAGCUUUUAGAAUUGUUGCAAGGGUUAGCAAAGAUGUGGAAAGUGAUGGCAGAGUGUCAUCAAUGUCAAAAGCGUACGCUAGAUGAAGCCAAGCUCUUAUUAGCUGGCACACCUUCAAAAGUGUCGAGGAUGAAGAACAAUCACACCAUUAUCCCGCCUUCUCGCGAUCCACACCGUCUAGCCCGUUCAGCUGCAAACCUCGAGACCCAGCUGCAAAAUUGGCAGGCCUCUUUCGAGUCAUGGAUCACUUCUCAACGCUCCUACGUGCAUGCAUUGGCAGGUUGGCUCCUCCGUUGCAUUCGAUCUGACUCCGACUCAUCGAAAUUACCGUUCUCUCCUCGUCUCUCCGUUGAGGCCCCACCGAUAGUCGGGAUUUGCAUCCAGUGGUCCAGGCUCUUUGAUGCCAUCAGUGAGGUUCCAGUGCUCGAUGGACUUGAUUUUUUCGCUUCUGGAGUCGGGUCCCUAUACGCGCAACAGUUGAGGGACGAAGAUUCCCGGCGAAAAGCGUUUGGAUCGAAGCGGUUCGGAGGUGGGUUUCAGGCGGACAGCGGCAGCGGCGGCGGGGGGAUGGAGCUGGUGGAGGUUGGGAAGUUGGAAGAGGAGGAGGAGGAGGUGAUGAGUGCAGAGAAAAUGGCUGAAGUUGCCAUCAGGGUGCUGUGUGCUGGAAUGUCAGUGGUGGUGAGUUCACUCAAAGAGUUUGCUGUUGGUUCCUCUGAAGGGUACGCUGAGCUAGUCAAGCAAUGGGAUAAUGCCAAGUGGCCGACGCGCGGUUCGGCAGUGGCAGAAACGUAAUUUCGUGGCGCUUGUGGGGGGUACUUUGGUCACGGUUGUAUAUGCAGUUUUCAGAUCUCUUACUAUUAUAUAUAGAGUGGUUAGUUUGCUUGCUUAAAUCUACUAUUUUGCUGGGGUUGUUUGCCAAGAAAAUCCAGUAACUUAUUAGGAUUAGUUGGAGUUAGGAUGAGAGGGAGGGGAGAGGAGGGGGGUAACAUCUUAUCUAUGAACUUCCUUGUUUUCCUUCAUCUUCUUUGUAAUCUAGCAUAAAUUCAUUUUUUUUUUUUGGAGAUCAGGAGUUGCAAGUGAAAAAACCUUUCUCCUUACAGAUUUCUCAUAGUUUGUGACUGUGUUUUAUAUACAGGGAGGGUUAUUUUGCUGCAAA